CACUAUGAAUUUCAUUAACAUUUACGGUUGCAAAUGGCAUUUCACGUAAAUUGUUUCUUUCUUUUCGAUCUUUGUUGAACUUUUUGAUGCGAUCUCUAUCCCGAGUUUGUUUUCUGUCCGAUUUUCUUUUCCCGACUUCUUCUGUCUGUGUUCCAAAAGUGCGACUUGUAACAGAAGAGACGACGUUGAUGGCAGCUCCGGAAUUCCUAGUUCUGCACAUCCGCGCAUAAUGUCCUUUUCUACCGCACUUGAAACACUGAGAUGAAAUGGCGCUGCAGAUGUUCCAUCCAUGCCUUAAUCCGCAGCGUCCACACGGUUGUAGAGGGAAGCGCGGCCGGACUGGAUGCAUCCAGGCAGAGCUUAGGGGAAAGAAGAAUUCCAUGGAUUGGGGAUUGUUCGCUGCUGUGAGUAGGUGCUGGGAUCUAACUACUACAAACUCUGCGGAACAAGCCUAUAAACUCACCAAGGCCAAUCGCACCAGAAAUCUGAUUGCAGCCGAAAAAAUACGGGAGGCGAAAACAGCCCUGGAUUGUAAAAUGAUCGGCAAGACCGUCUCCGAGUCUCCACAGUGGCGUCUUGAGGCCGAAUCUGUGAUGGAGGAGAUCAUCGAUGCAAAAGUGAGCCAGCUUUCGGAAACGAAGAAGCUGCUUUCAUCAUCGUCAUCUUUGCGCACUCCGUUUAUGACCGGUACUGGGGCUCCGGAUUGGACGCGGAUAAAACUCUACAUACCAAUCCUGAUACCUGGCCUGGCAGAAAUGUCCUUGGAAAAAUUAUCAAGCAAUGUGCUGAAAAAUGCAGAGCUAGACCGCGAGCGUGGUCACAACCCCGGCAUCAGCGCAAGACACGCCAGAAUGAGAUUGACAGCUACUGAGGCGUUGUCGUUCAGUUUACGUGGAUUAGCGUACGCCGGAAACAAGUCAAAGACAGACACAGGGACAAAGGUUGGUUUGUUGAAGUCGUUAAUUUACGAUAACGCCAAGGCAACGGUUACCCUGGAUUCUUCAGCCCUAAAACAACUGAUUCAACUGUCUUCAGAUAACUAUUCUUCCAUCACAGUGCGGCGAAUCAGCUUUUCCGUAAACUUAAGAUCGAAGGAACUCAAGCUUGGAGCUGGACAAACGGUGAAAUAUGACGAAGUACUCACAAAUGAAGGGAACGGAUAUGACGACAGAACGGGAGUGUUCACGUGUCCUGUGGCGGGAACCUACAUGUUUGUUGUCGACUCUUUAUCCCAACCUGGGAUCUGGUUACAUAUGAAAGUCAACAAAAACGCAGUCGGUAAACUCCACGUGUCUUCUAGUGGAUACAAUGGAAACCCAUUAAUCCAAAUAAGCAGGACAGUAAUUGUUCGGCUCAAACCAGGGGACCAUGUCAAAAUUGAAAAUGCUUCAAACAACGGUGUGAUAUACCAUGACAUAUUCUCAGGAUUUACAGGAACAUUCUUGAAUUGACCAAGGAUUAAGUUGCAUGUAAACAUACAUUAUAUCAGAUAUAAGAUUCUUAUUCCUUAUAAUUUGAAAUUAACCUCAUAAAUCAUAUCUAAUCCAGAUAAAAUCAGGUUAUAAUGAAAGCAUGUUGUCAUGAUCUUAAAUGAAUAAAAAAAAACUCAUUAGGAGUAAAUAAAUAUGUAUGCAAGACAUUGAAUUAUGAAAGUGGAUAGAUUCGCUAACACUUGUAACUUUUUUAUAAUCGUGUAAUAGUUUCACUUUUCAAAAUUAUAUAAUAAUCGUCAUACGAUGAUCAUUACCAUAUCAUUCACAACUGAUAUUCAUGUUUUAAUAGGUAAUCAAUAUUAUUAAUACUAAG